AUGAGUUCUUCAUUAACUACUUGUAAUGAACAUCAUAAGCGUCUUAUAAUAAAGAUUUCUUAUCGUCAAAAACAUGUUGACGAUUCUGUGGAUGAUGAUCAUUCUCAAAAGAGGAGAAAGAUGGAAUAUGGAAAACCAAUUAUUUCAACUUAUUGGUUGGAUUCAACAAUAAGUUUGUCUCAACAUAAGAAGAACAAUGUUGUUGCACAUACCGACCAAAACAAGAAGGAACCUACCACAACAACCGUUUCGACCAAAACAAAGGAUUAUGUUGGUGAUUUUGGCUGCAAGAUGAUGAACAAGAAUUUGGGCCCUAAAACAACUUGUGUACUCAAAGAUCACCCAAGGUAUGGUGAUGGUGAAGAAGAAGUUAUCAUCAAGAAGGUGAAGAAACCAAUGGAACGAUACAAGAAGAUGCAAUGUUGGGUGAUUUUGAAGAGGAUGCUAGAAGGAAGAGAUGGUUGGGCUCUAAAAUAUCCUCUUGAUCACAAGUAUUCGGAGGGUUUAUCGAAGACAAAUCGUUUAGUGAACAAGUCAAAGUUGAAGGCAAUUGGUUUGAAAGAUAUUGAAACCAAGUUGAAAUUAUAUUCAACACCUGAAGAAUUUGCUGAUGAUAUGAGGUUUGUUUUCUCUCAAGGAUUGCUUUACCAUCCAAGGCAUAUUGUUCACAGAAUUGCAAUGAAAUUUAGUGAAACUUUUGAGAAUAAAUGGAAAAGUUUGAAUGAAGAAUGGAAGAAAGGAAAGUGA